AUGGAGUUGAUUGAUGAGUUGGAAGUGGCAAGACGAGGGCCAUAUAACGGGGGAUUUGGAGGCAUAUUUUUUAAUGGCGAUAUGGACAUAGCCCUUGCACUGAGAACCAUAGUUUUCCGUACUAAUGCUCGUUAUGAUACGAUGUACUCGUACAAGGAUCAUAUGAACAAACGUAGAGAAUGGGUUGCCCACCUCCAAGCUGGGGCGGGAAUCGUAGCUGACAGUGAUCUAGCUGAUGAGCAGAGAGAGUGCGAGAAUAAAGUUGCAGCCCUUGCUCGUGCCAUCGAUCUUGCAGAAUCUUCUUUAGUUAACAAACAAUAA